AUGGAGACUGAGAGCCAUAACAACCCUCAGGAAAGACCCACACUCUCUAGUAAUGGGAAGGCUUCAAGGGAAGACAAUCAUUUGUUGAUUAAAGCUGUGAAAGAUGAAAAGAUUGAGUUGGUCCAGCAAUUGCUAGAAAGAGGGGCUGAUGUCAAUUUCCAGGAAGAAUGGGGCUGGUCACCUCUGCAUAAUGCAGUACAAGUUGGCAGGGAGGACAUUGUGGAUCUUCUGCUUAGUCAUGGUGCUGACCCUUGUCUGCGGAAGAAGAAUGGGGCCACUCCCUUCAUCAUUGCUGGGAUUGUCGGAGACGUGAAGUUGCUCAAACUAUUACUUCCCAAAGUAGCAGAUGUCAAUGAGUGCGAUGUUAAUGGCUUCACAGCUUUCAUGGAAGCUGCUGUGUAUGGCCAAGUCGAAGCCUUAAGGUUCCUGUAUAACAGUGGAGCAGAGGUGAAUUUGCACAGAAAGACAGUGGAGGAUCAAGAGAGGAUUAAGAAAGGAGGGGCCACUGCCCUCAUGGAUGCUGCUGAAGGAGGGCAUGUAGAGGUCGUGGAGAUCCUCCUUCACGAGAUGGGGGCAGAUGUCAAUGCCCGGGACAAUAGGGGCAGAAAUGCUUUGGUCUAUGCUCUUCUGAACUCUGAUGUUGAGAAGGUGAAAGCCAUUACUCGCCUUCUGCUGGACUGUAAGGUUGAUGUCAACGUGAGGGGGGAAGGAAGGAAGACGCCGCUGAUCUUGGCAGUGGAAAAGAAGAACCCGGAUCUGGUGCAGAUGCUUCUGGAACAAACAGCUAUAGAGAUUAAUGACACAGACAGUGAGGGUAAAACAGCAUUGCUGCUUGCUGUUGAACUCAAGCUGAAGAAAAUCGCCGAGUUGCUGUGUCACAAAGGAGCCAGCACAAAAUGCGGGGACCUUGUCACAAUAGCGAAGCGCAAUUAUGACUCUGACCUUGCAAAGUUUCUUCGCCAGCAUGGAGCUGUAGAAGACGUUCAACCUCUCGAUAAAGCCUGGAAGCCUCAGAGCUCACGUUGGGGGGAGGCCCUGAAACAUCUCCGCAGGAUAUCCCGCCCUAUGAUAGGCAAACUCAAGAUCUUUAUUGAUGAAGAAUAUAAAAUCGCUGACACUUCUGAAGGGGGCAUCUACCUGGGGUUCUAUGAGGAACAAGAGGUAGCUGUGAAGCGGUUCUCUGAAGGCAGCACACGGGGACAAAAUGAAGUCUCUUGUUUGCAGAGCAACCGAGCCAACCGUCACGUGGUGACAUUCUAUGGCAGUGAGAGCGACGGGGGCUGUCUGUACGUGUGCCUCGCCCUAUGUGAGCACACGCUGGAGAAGCAUUUGGCCGACCGCAGAGGAGAGGCUAUGCAAAACAAGGAAGAUGAAUUUGCCCGAAACAUCCUCUCAUCUCUGUUUAAGGCUGUUGAGGAACUACACCUGUCUGGAUACACUCAUCAGGAUCUGCAACCACAGAACAUCUUAAUAGAUUCCAAGAAUGCUGUUUGUCUGGCAGAUUUUGAUGAAAGCAUCAAGGGGACUGGAGAUCCACAGGAAAUCAAGAGAGAUCUAGAGGCCCUGGGGCUGCUGGUCCUGUGUGUGGUAAACAAGGGAAACGUUUCUUUUGAGAUGCUGAAGGACCUAAGAACUGAAGAGCUGGUUGAGCAUUCUCCAGAUAAGGAAACUCGGGACCUCAUUCAGCAUCUCUUAGUUCCUGGGGACAAUGUGAAGGGCCAUCUGAGUGGCCUGCUGGCUCAUCCCUUCUUUUGGAGCUGGGAGAGCCGCUACCGGACCCUCCGGGAUGUGGGAAAUGAAUCUGACAUCAAAACACGAAAUACUGGUGGCAAGAUCCUCCAGCUUCUGCAACCUGAAACAUCUGAACUUCCCACAAGUUUUUCCCAGUGGACAAAUGAGGUUGAUGAAUCUGUGAUGAAAAAAAUGAAUGCAUUUUAUAAAAAAGGGAAUACCUAUCAGAACACUGUAGGUGACCUGCUGAAGUUCAUCCGGAAUUUGGGAGAGCACAUUAAUGAACAAAAGAAUACAAAGAUGAAGUCAAAAAUUGGAGAACCUUCCCAGUAUUUUCAGGAGAAAUUUCCUGAUCUGGUCAUGUAUGUCUAUAAGAAACUACAGAACACAGAAUAUGCAAAGCAUUUUCCAAAAAACCUCAAUCCGAACAAAGCCGACGUGUGA